AUAAAUCUAGUUGGCGCAGUGUGUUUCACAUUAGGUGCUGUCAUUAUUUGCCAGUCAGUAAGGGGCGAAAAAAAAGAUAACUUUCAGUUCAGGUAGCGCUCGUUCGUCAACAUAAAUUGUUGUACAAAAUUCAAAGAACCGGAACCGGAAUUCGCAUUUCAAGACGCGACUCCCAACAUUUGGCGAUUAAAUUGUACGUUAACCCCACCGAUUCCGCUAAAUCUAUACCAAAUGGAAGCCGCCGAGGGUCAAGGGUUGGUCAUCAAAAUGGCCCAGAAGAACAAGGAGACCCAAACGGUGAAGUUGGGGGCCGGCGGAGGUCUGGCCAACAACUGGUUCGGCUAUGGCGCUGGCGGGGCUGCGUUCGGGGCCCAUCAUCCAAUAGCCCAUCAUCCUGCGGCCAUUCCGAAUCCCCCCGUCUCGUGCCAGUUCUACAUGGAUCGUGAGGAGCAGCUGUACCGUCGCGCCUGCCAGCUGAAGGGCAUUUGCCUGAACAAGAUCCAAGCGGACGACGGCUCGACUGGCUCCGACGAGGAGCCCUCGAAGACCGUCUACCGCUACACACUGGAUGAGAUGAAAAGCUACAAUCCGUAUCGUUUCAUCAACUUUUAAGUGUCCCCGUAUCGUCAGAAAACACCAUCGCCACCACAUUCCCAUCCACAUGGCAUCGCCCGUCCACGUAACCGAAGUUAGCCCUAGCAUUAGCCUCAGCAUCAGCAUCAGCAUUCCUAUCAGAAUUGAAUUCAGAACUAGAGAUAGAACCUAUACACCAUUACCCACAAGAUGCGAGCUUGUGGCGACACCACCAUGCAUGCCUCCCCCAAACAUAAACGGCGUAGAGAACCGGAGUAGCACCAAGAGCCUGGACAACACCAUCGGACACCAAACAUUUGUUCGUAGCCAAUCCGUCCCCCCUAUUAUGAAAACAAUAAAAAAUUGUUCAUAAACGACAGCCACGCUGGUCGACCAAAAA